AUGGACACAUCACAGGCUCUCCGUCGCUGCGGCGACAGAAUAGAAUGCUGGGACGACGACCCCGACUUUGCCGACUUAGACCUGAAGCUGACGCGCACUCCAUCUACUUCCCCGAAGAGUAAAAGCAACAUGCGAUCGAAUAUCGAUAACCAUAAUCGCGACCGUCGUGAAUCUAUCUCAUCGCGUAUGUCGAUACAAUCUAGCAUUUGUGAUUUCGACUCACCUGAUGGUUGGGACCACGAGCGCCAAGUUCUUUUGGAUGAUUCACCAGCUACAGCUAUCGCUUCUGCUAUCAAUGCCGGAAUCCCUAUACCAGAAAAUGUUCCAUCGUCGGCAUUGAUCGGAGGUACAAUAAAAAGGCUAGGAACAACGAGAAAAUCUAAACGAAUUGCGUCGCAUGACGACUGGGGUGAGGAUUUGGAAUUGCCCAUGUCGGGAAUGGCUUUGAAGAUCCGGGGACAGGAACGUAAUGAAUUUCCAGAUACACUACAGCAGAUCCUUGCAGGAUCCCGGUCAAGGGGAGGUUCGCCAGCGAGAGGAAGUUUGAUGCCAGUCAUCAAUGCAUCGUCACAGUUAAACAAGUUUCGCGAGCUAUCGGAAGAUGAGGAUUUCUUCGCUGAUAGCGACGAUCUCCCGAUGUUAAAGGUUUCACCUGGCAGGCACACAUUACGACCCCAAAGAUCAACUGCAUCUCUCCUAAUGACACCACCUCUAUCAGAAUCCGCUACAAGAGGGUCACCUUCUGUCGAUGAAGAUUUCGAAAACGAUUUUGAAUUUCCUGCGGAUGCCCCUUUACAAUUGAACAUCAAACUUGGGGAAACCAUUCGUGGUCCGGUGGUACAUGGUGUGGAUAAUGAUUUUGAAGAUUGGGCAGAGGGAAGCAGUUUAGGGUCGCGGUUUGGGGUUACUCUUAGGGAUCGUGGGAUGGGUGGGAUGGGUAGUGGGAGUGUGUCAAUUGUUUCCGCCAGUGUUUCCAGCAUUACAGCCGAAAGCGAAGACGAGGCACCAUUUGAUGGGUUGGAACUACCUCUAGGACCCUUGCCCGAUUUUCACGAAAUUCUCGAGAAGCGUAAACGAGCGACUUUUUCCGAGGAUACGGAAAUGAUUGAUGCCCCUGCCCCGAGACCAAAACAAUCAAAAGAGGACUUCCUUGAAGGCAUUGAGAUUGGGGACGGGGAAGUAUUUGACACAAGAAAACUGACCCUAAAUCGAAACGUCAAACACAAGCAGCCAACGAGGAAAUCGAGCCCAGUAAGAAGCACCCCCAAUACCGAGCCUAGAACCUGUGGUUGA